CUAAAGUGUACAAUAUUAAUUUGUAUCAACAAAAAAUAUUUCAGUGACUGUCAGAAUAUUAUUUGUUAACAGAAUAGUGAAGCAGAGAAAAACAAAUGUAUCAGAAAAAAGUAAUUAAUAAAAUACCAGGUAAUCUGCCAUCCCCUUCAAAAAGAGAAAAACAAGGUUACAUUGAAGACUUAGCAAAGAAACAAAAAUUUGAAUUGGAAGAAUUGUUAGAAAGACAAAAUAAAAUUCUUAGUAAUAAAACAUUCAUAUUAAAACUUCCAGAUAAAGGAGAAAAAAUUAGAGCUUUUCGUGAUAAGAUAUUAAAAGAACUGGAACAUAAGAAUGAAAUUCAAGAAGCAGCUAAUCUUUUAUCAAGAUUAAAUUUAGCAUCUGAAGGUAAAGCUGCUAUGAAUGAAUUAGAAUGGACAGGCAAAUAUAAUGAAUCAAGAAAUGAUAUAAAAGUUGAACUUGAUAGUGAUGAUGAAGAAGAUCCUUUGAAAAUAUUGGCACAACCUACAGGAUCUGGGAUUCAUAAAAAGAAAGUUGUACAUUUACCACCAGAAGAAAGCUUAAUUAAGGCAGAAGAUUUAGCAGAAAUAGAAUCUUUUAAAAUAGAACCUACUGAACAUAUUACAUAUAUUCUCAACAAAAUAGAAAAACCUUCAGAGGAGAAAACUGUAACAAAAAAACCAUUUAAGCCAUAUAAAACAACUAAAUCCAAUGUACAUGAUCCAGAAAAAGAAAAACAAAGAAAACAGAAUAAACAUUGGGAAGUUACAGCAGCAACACCUCCACUUAUAGUUCAUGGUGCAACAAAAAUUAUAAAUUUAAAUGAAUCCCUGAAGUUACAAAAGGAACAGGCUGAGAUUCUUCAGGAGGUUCGAACAAAACACGCAGCGGAAAGAUUAGCUGAACAACUCGGUUUACACAACAUUGGUCCCACACCCGAAAAUGUAGGUAACUAUCGUCUACAGGAUGAAAAAGGAUCAGAUUCUUCUACUUCAGAAGAUGAAGAAAACGAAGUACAUGAUGAGGAAGAUAAUGAUAAAGGGGGAACUGUUGUUUUUACAGUAGACAGUAUAGAAAGUUAA